UGUUUAUUCUGGCUCCCUCUAUAUAUAUUACAGUCUGCAAAUGAUUCAUAGCUACACAGUACUUGUUAGAUUCAAGGUAAACAACAAGAGAUGGACAGAGUUUCAAUGAAGCCAGCUUGCUUCCUAGUGCUUUUCAUGGUUGCAUCUUUGUUGCCAUCAAGUUUGAUGGCACAAAUAUCUGUAGGACCAAACAAGCAGCAGUUGUUCAUGACUGGUCAACUUUGCAAGACUCAUGAUGACUGCAAAGCCAACAGUGUUUACUCUGGCAACUUUUGCAUCAACAAAAUGUCUGGAUCUGAAAUGGGUCAUUGUGUUGGAUUUGGUUCCACUCUGGUUCUGCCAUCGGAAACGAAGAAGCGCAAGCCAAUCCUUGGUUGUGGGAAGUGUGAAACUGACGAAGACUGUCGGGAUUGUCCAGCAGCUGCCGCUUGUGAGAAAAUUAUUUUACCCGGCUAUUGUGCUUGAUAUUUCCCCGUCGCCACAAUAAUGGUGCCUAUAAUCACCUCAGGAGACGAUUUGCUUUAAUUUUAUUUUAGCCUUUAAGAGACCGUUUGCACGUCUACAUGCUUAUAUGUAAAAUCGUCUCAUAAUAAAAUCCUUUUAACUUUAAUUCUUAGUCCAA